GACCCGGCGGCGGCGCAGGGGGCGGGCCCGCGGCGCGGCGCCGGAGGAGGAAGUGUUGUGGUUGUUGCUCUCUCAGAGCUUACCGCUUGGCUCACUGGGCGCGGGGUGGGGUUGUGGUCUCCGCCACAGCGACGCGCUGUCCUCGUCCUCCCCUCCAUGUGCCCCGGCGCCGUCGCUUCUCUUCCUCAGGCCGCCGACUACUCCGGGGUCUAUGGAAGUAAUGGAAGGACCCCUCAACCAGGCUCAUCAACAGAGCAGACGAGCAGACCGAUUAUUAGCUGCAGGAAAAUACGAAGAGGCUAUUUCUUGUCACAAAAAGGCUGCAGCAUGUCUUUGUGAAGCCAUGAAGCUGACACAGUCUGAGCAGGCGCGCUUGUCCCUGGAAUUGCAGAGGGACAGCCACAUGAAACAGCUUCUCCUCAUCCAGGAGCGGUGGAAGAGGGCAAAGCGUGAGGAGCGGCUGAAGGCCCCGCAGAACACAGACAGGGAUGCCCACCUCCAGGCCUCUCCCAGGCCCUUUGCAGAGGAUGCCGAACACCAGAGCCCCAUUCUCGCGCAGAAGCACAGCCCUUGCACAGAGAAGCGCCUCCCUGAAGUCCAGGGGAUUUUCGACAGGGAUCCCGACACACUGCUAUAUUUACUUCAGCAAAAGAGUGAGCCGGCAGAGCCAUGUAUUGGAAGCAAAGCCCCAAAAGAUGACAAAACAAUUAUAGAGGAGCAGGCAACCAAAAUUGCAGAUUUGAAGAGACAUGUGGAGUUUCUUGUUGCUGAGAAUGAAAGAUUAAGGAAAGAAAAUAAACAGCUAAGGGCUGAAAAGGCCAGACUUAUAAAAGGUUCCCUAGAAAAGGAGCUGGAUGUGGAUGCUGAUUUUGUAGAAAAGUCAGAGCUGUGGAGCUUGUCACCACAUUCAGAAAAUGCUGCAGCCUCUUCCACCUGGCAGAAAUUCGCAGCGAAUACUGGAAAAGCCAAGGACAUUCCGAUACCCAACCUUCCUCCCUUAGAUUUUCCGUCUCCAGAACUUCCGCUGAUGGAGCUCUCUGAGGACAUUCUGAAAGGAUUUAUGAGUAAUUAAAAUGGAAGGUUAGCAGAGAGGUCACGGAGGAAAUAAUUCAGUAACAGUUGAUCAGAAGAGAAAAAAAAAGGGAAAACCACCAGCAAGGGCAGCCUUGGAAUUGUCUUUGCAAUGCCUGGCUCUGCGGGAGUGGCCUGGCCCGACUUGGAACAGUCCCUGUGAAGCGGGUGGGGAUCCUGAUUCCCAGCACAGUAAAGAUUCCGACCUGGUGGAGGCCACUAGGAGGUUGGCUUUCUCUUGAUGCAAACCAAAUGGCUACCUGGAAUAUUUUCAAGCAACAAUUCAUUUUUUGAAUUUUCAGGGUUUAAAUGUAUAGAAGUAUGUUAUAUGUAAUCUAUAACGCCAUAAAUGAUAAUGCAAAGCCUAAAUAAUCUGGUGGCCUGAGCAGCUGCCUCAUAUUUGAAACGUGCUCUUUAUCAUGCAUUGACUGUAUGCAUCUUGUUAUGCACAUUUUGUUUAAAGGAGGUAUGCAAGCUGCACACCCUUCUAGAUGAAACUCCAUGUGCCACACUUGCACUACUCAUAACAUAAUGAUAACCUCAAGACUAUCAGGAGAAAUAUUUAAAUUUCCAUUUUAUGAGAAAAGGAACCAAAUUAGUAGUUAUGCUUUUUUAAAGAAUUACCAGUUUACAUAAUUAAUCAGGGUGCAUUUUAAGUUCUGUUCGUUACACAGUGCAUCAUUUGAAAAUGCCGAGGGAGCAUCUUUUGUUUUUAAUGAUGCGUGAGUAGAAGUAAUGCUAGUUAGCAGUAUUUGAUUGUAAGAAAUCAAUAAAGUCAUUGUGUUUUA